AUGAUCCCACCAUCUGUCACACACUUAAAAUUCACAGAACGCCUGGUCGGCCAUCUCUCCGACGGUGCCAUUCCGGCCUCGGUCACCAAGCUCUAUUUCCGAGGGCUGGCGCUGACCAGUGAUGCACAUCUUCCGACAUCCAUCACCUCACUGACCGUGGACGCGAUUGCUGAUGUCGGUCGUGUGGCAAUCCCCUCAUCCGUCACCGACCUAGAUAUUGGCCGUGGAUUUGAUCUAUUGAUCCUCCCGAUUCCAGCAUCGGUGAGGUCUCUUCACCUUGGAAUGGAGGUCGACGAAUCACUGGAGGGCAUACUCCCAUCCUCGCUAACUCACCUACAUAUCGACGUCAUUGGAUUUUCUUACCAGCUGACCAGACAAACAAUCCCAAGCUCAGUUAGCUCGUUGGUCCUGGGCUUCAGAGAGAAGACACUGGUUAAUGGAUACAUUCCUGACUCGGUGACAACACUCACCCUCUACUCUACCGAUUUGAGUCUUGAGCCUGGCCACAUACCGCCCUCAGUCACCUGUCUCACCUUUAGGGGAGGUGCUAUCAAGAGACCUAUUGGUGAGGGGAUCAUUCCGGCGUCUGUGACAUCACUGACUUUUGAUUGCGUUGCCGUUUUCAAUCACAACUCCAUUCCAGCCACAACCACCAAGCUCCGCAUAGGAUCAAAAUACUUUGUAAGAAGUCGAUUGAACUACAUUCCGCCAACAAUCACAUCACUGGAUGUUGGCGCUUGUCCUGUUGGCUUUGACUUGAACGUAAUCCCCGAGUCAGUGGUGGAGCUCACUCUACCAUUCAACUCGUUUGGCAUGAUGGACAAAGACAUUAUCCACAAGCUUUCUCAACUUCAAAGUCUCAAAGUGACCAAACAAUUUAAAUUGGAGGAGGCAUUUGAUAAGAUAGUCUGGAUCUUCAAUUCUACGGCCAACCUUACAUCAAUAACAUUCGAAAUCGAUAGCCAAAGUAUAUUUCGACAGGUAGUAUUCCGAAAGUUAGACCAGCACCACGCAAUCUUCCUUUCGGAUUUCCGCUUCUCUGGAUUCCUGUCGCUACAUCAAGAGACGUAA